AUGAGUGAUAAGGCAGAAGAGAAGGGUGGUUCACGCCGAUCGACCUCGUCUUCGACAGCACAGGAAGAAUAUCAAAGAUACUCCCACGAAGCCGGUGAGCUGCACGGUGAGCCAGACUCAAACCACGAAGAUGUUGAAAAAGCAGUUCCGGGCCAUGAGUUCGACAUGGAAAUGCAGAACGUAGACCAGGCUCACAGAGUAGAGACACGCGCUUCAGUUCGAAGUAAGGCUUCUCGUGUUCUCAGCAUUGUCAGCCGCCGUAGUAGGACAAAUAGAGAUGGCAUUCGCUACGAGCUGCUUCCGGUCACGGAUCUCAACGAAGGCGUAGUUGGAUGGGAAGGGCAGGACGAUCCAGACAUGCCAUUGAACUUUCCCAUGUGGAAGAAAUGGCUGCUGGUUGGUUUGUUGGCCGCAAUCACUCUUCUGACACCGUUUGCUUCUUCGAUUCUCUCACCUGGAAUUUCGAAAUUAAUGGAAGAUUUUGGCGAGGAGAAUUCCAUUGUUGGUUCCAUGACAGUCAGUAUCUACCUGCUUGGGUAUGUUGUAGGCCCACUCUUUCUGGCCCCUCUGUCAGAAAUAUAUGGACGGAAACCUAUCCUAGGCGCUGCCAACGUGUUCUUCUGUGUAUGGCAGAUAGGGUGUGCCUUGGCACCUAAUAUCACCACACUCAUUAUUUGCCGCUUUUUUACUGGCCUCGGUGGUGCCGGCUGCCUAACUCUCGGAGGCGGUGUCAUCGGUGAUAUGUUCCAGCCAGAUCGACGAGGAUUUGCCAUGGGCAUCUGGACACUUGGUCCGCUGUUUGGACCUACCAUCGGACCCUUGAUCGGCGGGUUUGUCGCUGACUCUAUUGGCUGGCGAUGGGACUUCUGGAUUGUCCUUAUCCUUGCUGUCAUCAUCACGGCCUUGAUAGAGGUUUUGAACAAGGAAACAAGUCACAAGAAAUUGAUCGAACGAAAGACAGCUCGACUUCAGAAAGAGCUCGGCCGAGAUGAUUUGCGGAGUUGCUACGAAACCAGCAAUCAGCACCAACACAGUGCAACAAGGACCAUGCUCAAUGGCCUUGUACGGCCACUGAAGUUACUGUUUUUGUCACCCCUGGUCUUCUUCAUCUCCAUGUAUAUUGCUUUCGUCUAUGGUGUCCUUUACCUCCUCUUUACAACCAUUCCCACUGUCUUUGAGGAGACGUAUGGUUUCGAGGUCAAGCUGACAGGCCUGGUGUAUCUGGCUCUGGGUGUUGGUAAUCUCUUCGGCUGGACCCUCGUGACGCUUUACUCAGAUAAGUCUGUUGUGCGCCUCGCGCAGGCCAAUGGAGGCGUUUUCGAGCCCGAGAUGAGACUGAACAUUAGUAUGUACUUCAGCGUGUUCCUUCCCAUAACGUUGUUCUGGUACGGAUGGUGCGCAUACUACAAAGCACACUGGGCGGCAACUAUCGUUUCGUUGAUACCGUACGGCUUUGGUGUCGUGGGUGUUUUCCUGCCCCUUACUACUUAUAUUGUUGACAGUUAUCCCAUGUAUGCCGCUUCGGCUAUCGCUGCCAGCACUGUACUAAGAAGUCUUGUGGGUGCAUUGCUUCCCUUAGCAGGACCACCAAUGUAUGAGUCGCUGGGUCUGGGAUGGGGAAAUUCACUGCUUGGAUUUAUUUGCGUGGCGAUGAUCCCGACGCCAAUGUUGUUCUACAAAUUCGGGCUGAAGCUGAGGAAGGCUCAGCGCUUCACACUGUAA